ACUCCUACCUUUAAUAAUUAACCUAGAAUAAAUUCUAUUGUUGUUUGUGAGCUUGUGCAUGUAAUUUCGCUGCUGCUGACUCACUAUGUUGCCGUUGCCAUGGUCAGGUAUUCCACAAGCGGAUGCCACCUGAAGCAAUUGACCUUGCUUCACGGCUAUUGCAAUACUCACCAAGUCUUCGAUGCACUGCACUUGAAGCAUGUGCACACCCUUUCUUUGAUGAGCUUCGGGAACCCAAUGCACGCCUUCCUAAUGGCCGGCCAUUGCCGCCUCUUUUCAAUUUUAAGCAGGAGUUGUCUGGUGCCUCUUCAGACCUCAUUAAUCGGUUGAUACCAGAACAUAUAAAAAGGCAAAUGGGCAUGCAAUUUUUCUCGUCCAACAAUGACAUGGACAUGACGUGAAGUGAAGUAUACGUUUAGUAAACUAUGCUAGUUGAUGAUCAAUGAAUGAAGCGAUCUGAGUUGCAUCCUUUCCAUCCGAAUCCACCUUGGCAAGCUGCAUCUCCUCGUUGACGAGGACAAGAGGCUGCUGUGUAUUUUAGUUCUUGGUAUUUUCUUUCUCGUUCUAAUCUUUGAAGUCUUUCUCUCGCCUCUUGUAGCAGCCGAUUAGCGAAAGGAGAGUUCUUUUUGUACAUGUUUGGUAGUAGUAAAUUGACGCCAAAGCUCUCAGGAGAUGACAAAUGAAAUGUAUGAACAUGUUGUGAAUGGCCCCAAAAAGAGAAUAGCAAGUUAUUAAGGGGCUGUUUUCUUGUGAAUUUGCUGUGUUCUGUUUGUAUUUAGUUUCUGUUAUUUUCAGCUGACAUUUGUGCAUUAAGAAAAGAGUUACAAGCAAGUGAUGGUUACUGUAUGUUCUUAUUAGUAAAUGAAUAUCUAUUUUGUUGCCUC